CUGAAACUUAGCUAUCUUCAUGCCUCAACAGUUCUCUAUCCCAACUGAUGAACCUUCCAUGGCCGCCCCCGCAUCUGCCUCUCCACUUGUCUCACCGGCCACCGCGACCUUUAACAGUAACCCCAUUCUCUUUGCUAUUACUAGUCCUCCAUUCCUCAAUUUCCAACCCCGAAAACCCACGAGAUCAAUCACCGGACUCCACGUGUCCUCGAAACCCUCCUCACCCAUCGUCCCUUCCACUAGAUCCACCCAAGAAACCGUCUUUUUCGACGGCGGAUCUCACUACGGAGAUCUGGCAGCGAACCUUCUUCUGGGUUUCACUCUUCUUUGGCUGCCGCUGUCACUAGCCGCAAUUCUCAGAGCCUUCAAUCUGCGGUACAGGUUCACGAAUCAAAGGGUCACUGUGAUUUCAGGGAAGACUAAGAAGGACAGAAUCGACUUUUCCUACAAGGUAAUCAGGGAAGUUCAGGUUGUGCCCAGGUUUAUAGGAGAGUGGGGUGACAUAAUCAUCACUCUCAAGGAUGGUACUAAGGUUGACUUGAGAAGUGUCCCAAAGUUUAGAGAAAUUGCUAAGUAUUGCCUCUCCAUGAUUGAUCAACCUGUGGUUUUGAAGAACUCUGUCCCUAAAGGGUUUUGAAUAUUGAUCGAAUACACGCAAAAAAUGUCUUCUGUUUAAUAAUUUAAUCAAUUGGUGAGGCAUGUAAAGUUUUUAAUUCGAAAUUCUUAUGAAGAAAAUGAAACACUAUCUUUAGCUGUAUAUUUUCAUGUAAUUUGCCAUGAAUUUUGUUUACUUGGUGUUUUGCUUAUACACACACAGAAUUGCUAAUC